CCGAAAGUGACGUCAGCGCCCAGUCUUCUGUUCUCUCUUCUGUCCGUGGUACCGACACACGGCAACAAUACAAUAUAAGUGAGGUUCAACAAAAGAAAGACAUUCGAAAAUAAAAAUAUGGCGAAAGAUCGGUACCACUACUUACGCGUUAGUACUAUUUGUAUGUGUUUGUGUUAUUUGAUUGUUUUUAUUGGAUAUUGUAGUGCCGCAAAUGAUAAUGCCCUUUUCUAUUAUGACACUGAUUCAAGUCACACCAGAAUAGAGCACUCCAUCCACAUUGAGCUGGAGGAAAACUCACACAACCCCAGAAAACGGGACGUAGAAGUAGAAAGUCCAUUGACAGUUACAUCUAGUACUACUGCAGCAGUUGCAGUGGUACAAAAUAAUAAGUCCGAGAAAGUAGUACCGUGGAAAUCUCAACCCAAAUUGACUCCACCAAUCAAUCUAUCAAACAAACAGUACAGUAUUUUGGGUGCCAAUGGUACCGGACAAAGACGCAACAUUUCCCUACCUAAAGAACCACCUAGUUUAACGCACAAUAUUGGACCUUCGGUGAACACGCCUGUGAAAAGCAUUACAGAAACCACUGUUAGCCAUGAGGAUGAAGCUACAAUAUAUCCUGGUAAACUUACGCCAGAAGAAGUGGAAGUGGGGGACGGAAUCAAUGAGAAGGAUUUGGAUGAGAAUAAUAUAACCGACUUUAAAACGGACAAUCACAUUUUUUACAACAGCACAACCUACAACGAUCCAAACAUUGGAAAACAAUUAUGGGUGGACCUGGAAAAACGCAGUGACGUCAAAAUCAACGAUUUACUAUCAGCUUCACACAGACGAGCAGCUACUGUCAAGCUCUCUUUUGAAUUCCCAUUUUACGGACGCUUUAUUAAAAACGUUACAAUAGCUACGGGUGGAUUUUUGUAUACCGGCAACUAUGUGCACUCUUGGCUGGCAGCUACUCAAUAUAUAGCUCCUUUAAUGGCUAAUUUUGAUACUGGAUUGUCUAAUGAUAGCUUUGUUAAGUAUGUGGACAAUGGUACAGCUUUUACUGUUGAAUGGCAAAGAGUGGCGCUUCAAGACAAACCAUCUCAGGAGUUUACGUUCCAGACUACCUUACACAAAAAUGGCAAUAUUGUAUUUGUUUACAAGAAUAUUCCAUUUGCCAUUGAAAAUAUCAAUGAUCAACUUCAUCCUGUAAAAGUGGGCUUGUCCGAUGCUUAUAUCUUGGAUCGGACUGUUUUCUAUGUUCGACGAAAAACUAUUUACGAGUACCACCGUGUAACAUUCAACAAAGAAGAAAUCAAAAAUUGGACCUCUAUAUACUUGACAGCCUUGCCAACUUGUUUGGACUUACUCAAUUGUACUUCUUGCACUUAUAACAAGCUAAAUAUGAAUUGUACUUGGUGUCCCAGUUCGAACCAAUGCUCUACGGGUCAGGACCGCAACAGACAAUUUUGGAUAGAUAAAGGCUGCGAACUGAGAAAUAUCACUUCAGAGCCCAGUUGCUUUGACGAUGAAAAACUUAGUGACAGUUUAAACUAUGAGGUCCAAGAGGCGAGUAAAUUAAUGGACGAUGAUUAUAUAGGACGGGUACCAAGACAGACCAAUAAUAGGCUGGGAACGUCCGGAUAUUUGGCAGUCAUAUUUUUGAUUGCCAUGGUUGUUGGUAUCAGUUUAUGGGGCGCGUAUGCUUAUAAAAAUCCUCAUACUACUAGUGGACAGAUUUUGAUAAGGUAUCGACCCAGUCAAUGGAGAUGGAGACGUGGUGAAGCCAGGUACACUGCUGCGACAAUUCAUAUGUGAUAAAAACUGUUAAUUAUUAGUUGAAACUUAACGAAACGAUUUGCAAAGAAAAUCAUGAUCGAGAUUUAUUUUUAAAUACUCUUCAGUUAGAGUCAGGUUAACUUUCUAGACUUUUAAAUAAGUGUGUUAUAUGUAUUUAUUACUAUUAACUAAAAAAUUAAUUUUCACAAACAAUAUAUUAACAUCAUAAUUCUAUGAGACACAAAUUUAUGUACUGUAAAUAUCCGAUUAAAGAUUAAAUAUUUUAUAUCCUACUGAACUAUUAAAACCAUAUAAUACCUUGGUUACGGUAAUCAUAAACAGGGUCUUAACUCCCAAGGGAGUUAAGGAUUUUCAUAACUCCCAAGGGAGUUAAGGAAGGGAGUUAAGGAUAUCAUAACUCCCAAGGGAGUUAAGGAUUUCCAUAACUCCCGCUUUUACCUUGAAUAGGUAACACUUUGACAAAAAAUAGAAAUUUUGAUUUAUGGCUUAUUCCUUUAUAAAAAUAGACAGAAUACAGUAAAUUCAGUAGGAUAUAAAAUUAUCUAUGUACCACGGGAAUUAUCAGGAGUUAAUACCCACGGGCAAUUGGUGUCCCUCGGGCCGGAGGCCCUCGGGACACAAACGUUGCCCUGGGGUAUUAACACCUGCAUAAUUCCCUUGAUACAUAAAUAACUAUUGUUGCCCGACUUCUACACCACAGAAAAAUAGUGUUUCUUCUUUCAUAAUAUUAAUAAAAAUAAUAAUGUCAUCGAACUGAAUAAUAAUAAUAGGCCCUUUUACUAGUUUUUGGAAUAAGCAACCAAAAAUAGAAUUUUCUGCACCCUUACUUUUGGAAAACGUCCUUUUUCAGAAAAUAAAUAAAAAAGAAAACUCUCUUAAUAAAACAUGCAAGUAUUUCAAUUUUAGUAAAAGAGCCCAUUUGCGUUUUUAGAAUUAAUUAAGUAUAAUUUUACUCAAUAUGUUUUUUAUUAUACUCUGUGAUAAGUACUUUGUGAAUUUUGAUUACGUCCAAAAUUAGUUGACUUUUUAUAUUAUAUAGGUAUAAUAGAACAAAUAUAAGUAUUAUCCGUUCACAAUCCGAUGUCCACAGGUAGGUACAGGUAAAAUCACCUUUCAAUGCUAUUUGAUAGGGAAAGGUGAUAAAUUUACCUGCACCUGUGGACAUCGGAUUGUGAACAGGAUAUAGAUUUAAUAGCCAUUUAUUUUGUAUAUAUUGUUUUUAAAUAUUGAACUUUUUUCAAUCUCUCUGUUAGUAAAUAAUGUUUACCAGUCUUUAGAUAAUAUAAUAUGUAAUUUAAGUUAAUUUUUUCAUGAUUCAAUCAUUUGACUAAGAUUUUAAAACAAUAAGACUCUUUUCAAUUAAUAAAAAUUUUAAUUAUUACCAACAAGUUUUUAUUUAGGUACAAAAUGUCCACCAUAUUUGCGACUACGUUUUGCUUUUUCCAAGUCCACAUCAGGAUAUUGUUGUUUUAAGGCUGCUAUGUCCAUGUUGGGGAAACGGUUGAGUAAACCAAUCACAUGGUUGAAAUUUCUC